ACGAAUUUUCUAAAUAAAUAUACUUAUCAAAAACAUCUAUAUUAGCUUAAUAUUUUUUUAUUAUAUUUUUGCAAUUUAAACAUUUCUUUUUGUAUUUUAUUGUAGGGCGAUCAUAACAUUAUAAUUUAUACAAAAUGGCUAAGAAAAAGGAUAAAAAGAAAAAAGAGGCAGAACCUCAAGAAGCCGAAGUGCCCGAAGAGGUGGUGGUGAUGACCACAGACUUGGAGCCUGAACCUGAGGAGAUACAGUUCACUGACACCUCGUACACUAGCGCCUCCUUCGAGGACCUGCCUCCUAUGCCUAUUGAAGAAUUGAAACCCAAGAAAAAGAAGAAGAAAAAGCUUGGGGAACAGUCUUCUGUAGUUAAGAAGACCAGCAGCGAACUGUUUGCAUGGUCCGAAGAAUCCUUGCCUCCGACCUUAGAACCAAAACCAGUGCUUCCCAGUGAACAGCCCGUUGAAAAGAAAAAGGGAAAGAAAGGUAAAAAGGACAAAGGUAAAGAAGAGGAAAUACCCGCGUUUGAUAAGCCCAAAGCUUGGAAGAAAAUGAACAAGAAGGAGCGCGAGGCGUGGCUAGUGCAGAGGAUCGAAGACUGGAGGGCUGAGAAAGAAGCCGCUAAACAAGCAAUCCUGGCCGGAGCCAAGGAGAAGCGCGCUGCAGCCGCCAAGGCGAGGAAUGAGCUGAUGGCAAGAGAAAUAGCCGAGCAGGAUGUCAGGAGAGAUGUGCUGCAGAAAGCUGUUAACCUGUUCCAACGUUUCGAAAGGCAGAAGUUGGAGUAUGAACUCAAGAAAGAACAGGAUGCAGAGUGGCAACAGUACCUCCGCUGCGACGGUCUCCCCGACCCUCGCGUGGUGACCGAGAUGAACACGUUCCUCCAUCUGUGGCAGCAGACGGAGCCAUGUGAUGAUAACGAGCUCGACAAGAAGUUUAUUGAAGUUCUGCCGAUCUUGGAUAUGCUGGAAAUAUUCCGCUUCAAAACGAGACAAUAUACGGAAAGGCAAAUUCAGAAUUAUGACGAGGUCCGUCUAGCCCUCAGAGCAGAAUUAGCCAAUGCCAUCCAAAUGGCUUCCUACAACCUACUCCGUGAUAUUGAGAAGAACUUGGUAUCUGAAUCUACGAAGGUAUCCACGUAUCAAAGGGAGUUUAAAGGUCUGAGGCUGAACAUCUGGGUGGCUGUGAAGUGGCCUACCAGGAAACCUAAGCCGGUGCCACAGGAGCCAGAACCAGUAGAAUUAUCUUUCCCCUCCAUGAAGGUGACAGUAAAGCUACCAAAGAUUAUAGACGGGUCGUGCGUCUGCGUGCGCGCAGCUCGCUCCCUCAUCGAUCUGCUGAGCGAGAGCUCUAGAUCCUUCGCUCUGAAAGCGCCGAUGCCUAAGCUUUAUGAAGAUUUGUUCACCUUCAACGUAAAAGAGUUAAUAGAUACACAAAAGUUGAAGAAGGAACAGGAUGAAUUCAGAUCGAAGUUUUUUAAGGAAGUGAGGGAAAGGAUUAAGGAAUUAGAAGCCUUCAUCAAAGCUAAUGUGUACCUGAAAAAUGAUAAAGAAAAAGAAGAUUUGGAGAAUUUGAAUAUGGCAGAACCACCGUUCAUGCCUCCGCCGAGAGAACAAAUUGCUUAUAAUAGCGAACGAGAAUUCAAAAGAUAUCUAAGAUCGUGUAGAACAAGGACUCGAACUGGUGAACUGAAUUUAAGAAAAUACAGAAUUUGUGGUGGUGUUCUGAACCUGGAUUUGCUGGUCACUCCGCCGCAGCCGAAACGCAUGCGACACGCUGUUACUAUAACCACAUUGCAACUCCCGAAAUGCCUGCAGCCUAUGAAAUACCAAGUGCAGUACCGUGCCCCGGCACCCCCGCCGCCAGGAGUCACCAGGACGCCGGAGGAAAUUGAACAGGAGAUCAAGAAGGUUGAAGCUCAGUAUGAGAAGUUGGCUAUGGUUUUUAUAGAGCUCCCUCAAGAUGUGAUGUGGAACGAGCCCCCUGUGGUAGUCCAAUGGCAAGACGGGAGGAAAAUCUGGACAUCCAGCUAUGUCAACGAUUAUAAGUUCAAUGAGGACAAACUUAAUAUACAGUUCAGAACUGGAGUACUCUGGCCAAUUGGUAUUGCAACUUUGAGGUACAGCAAUCUACCGUAUCAAGGCUGGGACUUAAAACCAGAUCCGGAUGGACGAGGAGUCCUGAUAACAGUGACAGGUCUCUGUGUGACCGUCACCUGGCUCUGCGUCAGCAACUUCGUGAAACUCAAGUCUAUCGCCAACGCGUCCACCACGGCCUUGUCAGAACACUUCAACAAACCUUAUAGUGUUAAAGCUAUGGUUAAGCUCAUGCGUGAUGCAUCCUGCGACUUCUUCCCGGACUUCGACGCUCAUAACCACGUGGAAGGCUCGACUCCUAAGGAGUGGGUUAUGGAAAGGCACACCUACCACGCCAUGUCCUUCCUCUCUAGGGCAUACAACUUCCAGUCUAGCCGAUGGAAUCAAGGUGCAGGUUACCGCACUAUAGUCCUUCAGGCGAGGGAAAACGUCGAUAAGAAGAGAUCGAACAAACUCCAGCUUAUGACAGUGAGCCCCGAACGGGCUACAGUUCUGCAAUGCAACGAAUUGUCUCCUGAAUUCAAUUUUGAACCCCAAGUAGGGUUGCCGUUUUUCCCGGGACUCUUCACAUUUAACAUGCUCUACGGAUCCGUGGAUGCUCGAAGAAUGACAUUCAACAUGAAAUAUAAACUAGUAGAAACAGUCUUCGAGAUGUUGCAAGAAAUUAAGCCGUGUAGUUACUCGUAAUUUGAUUGGAGAGGGCGCCAUUUUGAAAUAUUGUCUUUAACUAUUGACAUACAAAAAACCCAAGAUGCACACUCAACGUCUCAAAAACGUCCUCACCAAAUGAGCGCAACAUUCAAAAUUUUGCGCUCAUUUCCUAUGUCCUAGCCGACCACUUCGGUCGUAAAAUGUUAUUGCUUUAACUACAGUGCGUUGUAAUAACGACUUUAAGCAAUUCGCGUAAAGUUGAACUUGCAAUAACGUAUGCUUGUACCUUAUAGAAAAAGACAGAAUUCGUGUUCGGGGACACUUUCGAGCGUAGCUUUUAUUCGAGACCGUGCAUCUUGGGUUUUUGUAUAUCAAUGUCUUGAACAUAGAAGUUACUGACUAUGGUCUGUAGUUACCCAAAAUAGGAACUGCAUUUUGA